CUACUGUGUACAGUUGAUAAUAAGGAAACAGUGGAGCCUUGCGCAAGCACCGCUCUGUGAUAUUGUCACUCUCGAGUUUCUCAUUACAGACACGCUGAGGCUGCCUCUGCACAUUCAUGAUGGUGGGACUUCAGGAUCUCACAGUCGGGCAGGUAUCUGGUAUGAUCGCUGCUGCUGUAUUCAUAGCACAAAUCCUCGUCCCCUUGGCUCUUCCGGUAAUUUUACUGGGAUUGCUUCAACGACGGUCUUCAGCAGUGACACAGACUGCAGUCUCAUGGUCUGUGAUCGGCCGUUUCAUCCACUCGUCACUGUGGCCGAUAAUACUCAGGACCGACUCUGCUGCAACGCUUGUGGCGAGUCGAUCAGCGCUGUUCAUGUCGGCUUUCCGCAUCUUCAUGCUAGUCCUGAUAGCAGUGGCAGCGAUCGUCACCCCCUUGGGACUAUAUGAAGGGAUCGUAGGUGAGACGGAGUCUUCUUUGCCAGCAUUCCAUUACCUGGAAGACAAAUCAACUUACGGCUUUGGCACACCUCCGCGCACCGCUAUUUCCGGGACUUGGAGUAGGAUCUGCGGCUUCACCUACCCAAUCGCAUGUCCUAACUCCCUGAACAACAUCACAUAUAGCCAGAACACAAGUGGCGACUUUCUGUUCUACGACUAUUACGAUUCGAGAAUCCCAGCAGAUGUGGUCAACGCUUUCCAGAGCGGCCUGGUCGAUCAUGAACCUUCCGUCUCCAGCUCCUUUGAUAUUCAAUAUCGAUCCUACAUACAAAGCGAGUUAGACUUGGAUGGAAUGGGACCUACGAUCGACAACGGGACGAACCCAUAUACCCGAGGCACGUAUCAACCAUUGUCUACCCAGAUCUUGAGUGAUUCCUACCUGGCAGUCGAAGGACUUAUCGUUGACAUGAAGAAUGGAGGCAUCGGCUUUCGCAAGCAUUCUGCUCCAUCACCUCGAACGUACGGCAGCAGCUGGUCUGAGGAUUUGCUGUUCACAGAGCCGGAGACUGUAUGCGUCGAUACAAACCUGACACUUGAAUUUCAAAUCCCCGCCACGACAAACGAGAAGGCAGCAGCCGGUAUUAACGAGGUGUUCAAAUUGCAACUCACUGAUCGAGGUGGGUUCGUCAACCUCAUACCUGAAUAUCCUGCUUGGGAUCGUGCAGACACACAGCAGGCUCCAGAACUAGAGCUACGAGCCUAUAAAGCUGCAUGGAUUAACAACGCUCUCUCUAUGGCCUUCAUGAAUGUUACUAAUGUCCGCACUAAUGACACGGACGUGAAGGCCUUCUCUUACCUACACUCAACUAUGAACAAGACCUUUCCGCUCUCCUUUCCGGACGGGAAACAAGCCAAUGAUUUGUUGACCAUUCAGGCUAGCUCUUUCCAGGUUGCCACAGCGUUCGGAGGGUAUCUCGAUGAUGCUGAUCAAGGCCGCUCAAAUAAGAGUUCUAGCGGUAACAGUUCAGACGAGUACAACUUCCAAUCGUUUCCUCCCCUUUAUCCGAACCCCUUCCGGAUUAAACGCUCUUGUACAUACCAGAAUGAUAGCUGUCUAGACUUUGGACUGGCCACAUUGACUUGUGCGGGCUCUGGUGGCGGCGAUCUGGCGAACAUCACGAACAUGGCUGGUAAAUGUGGUCUGCUCUACGGGACACCUCGACGAAAAGAUGGCAGCGCGUCCCUACUAUUCAACCCAGGCUCAGCUUGGACUCUGCCGAUGUAUUCGUGCAUGUCAGUUGUCAAAGCUUCCAUCAAAACUGUAUCUUUCCGCUUCAACGAUACCGACGAUCUUUCGGGAAUCACCAUUCUUGCGAUCGACGCGAAAGAAUACGCUGACGAAGAGUCCAAACCCCUGUGGGGAGUGGAAAACAGUGACAUAGAGUUGAAGCAUGGAAACCCGCUCUGGGGAAUCGUAACUCCGGAGGCUGCUAAGAAGCUCAACCUCUCCACUUUACGCAAGGAAUCUUUGUACCUACCAGGCCAUGCUGGAUACGCAGACCUUACGUCGCACGAGAAUCUUCCCGGCGCAGACUUCGCAGCCGAAGUGUUAUCUGCGACGUACGACAUUAACCCUUUUUCAUCCAGCAACCAGAUUGACUACUCUGGAAAGGCUAACCUCGCCAUGUACCGGCUCUGGCAGGAAGCUUUUCGUACGCCUUCAACAUCAGCCAGAAUUUUGAACCUGAUCUGGACCGACAUUGCAGCCAAUCUUGUAAUGGGAACUCGGGGAUUGGAGGGUAGCGAUAAUACAAAGCGAAAGCGUGACGAUAAACCUUCAUCUGGCCCAAAGAUCCCUCAGGUCACCAGUUACUCUCGCCGCAUCAAGUACAAAUACGUGUAUGGCAUUCCUGCAUUCCUCGCUCUAUUCUUGACGAUAGCCUCCACGCUCGUAACGGCGUACUUCACGAUCUUCGGUCACGCAAAACCAUCCAAGAUGCGCAACCUCUUAGAGCACACCUCGGCCGGUAGGCUCCUUGCUGCACGGGAUAUACAGGGCCGACCAAGGGACCACACCAACGAUGGAAAUGAUAGCUCAACAGAAGUUGCAGUUGCAGACUGCACUGAACCUACGAAGAAGUGGCUGAAAGGCGCUGGAGUGACAGAGUUCACACUGAGUGCGGAAGGAUGGACGAAGAGUUUGCAGCCUCAUGGACCUGGGCAUGACAAAGCUGGAACGACAGCGAGCUAUGCACCUGUACCAAGCGCACAGAACUGAUCAAGAAGAGCUAGAUGGUGUAUUGUCGUUCUAAUGAUGC